AUGUCCACAAAUAAUAAUCAAAUUAAUGGUGAUGGCAACAUGGAUACUAUUGAUAGCAUUAUCUCAACACAAAAUAAUCAACAUUCUACCCAAAAUCCAUUUUCUCCACCAAAUACUCAUCAAAACACCCACACAGAACACCCAAAAACUACUCCAAAAUUUAAUAAAUCUCAUAACCCAAACAACUCUUUUAACAUUUCAAAAAACCAAAAUUACAAAAACAAAAAUUAUCAUUCAAACUCAUCAUUUAUUUCAGACCCAAAUUUUAAAAAAAAAAUUUUAAAUAAUAUUAUUAAGAAUAAUGAACCAAUACUAUUUUUUGAACUACCAACUACACAUCAUAACAACAUAACCAACAUAAUCCAAAACUAUACUGGUGCGCCUGAGGUAAACCAAACAAAGGAUAAAAUUAUCGCAACAUUCACAAAUGAUCUGUCAAGAGACAGUUUCCUGAAAAAUCUUUCAAAUCAAAACAUUAUCAAAAUCAAAACUGGUAAAGAAAUACUAGAACUUAAAUUCACAGUUCCAGAACCAUUUGGAUUACAACCAAAUAAUAUAUCACUUUAUACUGAUUUUGAUGCAAUUUUAUCACAACUUCUACUAAAAAGAAUAAAUCCAACAACACUCAAAUACAUCACCCAUAUAAACAACAUUCAAACCGAUAAAUUUGACCAAUCGAUCAUUUUCAAACAUCUAUCACUAAAAUUUAAUUCAUGUUUAGAAAGAUCACUAUUCCUUUUUCACAACAACUGUCAAAUAAACACUGGAUCAUCAGAUCUCCCACAUUACAAAGAUUUAACAAUACCAAAAAAAGAAUUCCAAUUGUCAUAUGAAGUUUCAACACCUCAAAACAAUAAUAUGGAAAUAAUACUACCUUUGUUUAAUAAAAUCAUAUCUGUUAUCCCCAACUCUAAUUGUGAUACAUUUUUCACAAAAAACAACAACCAUCACUUCACAUUAAGAUCAACCUACUUAAAUCAUGGUCCACUAUCAAAUUUAAACCAAAACACCAUAAACUUAGAUGAAUGUACAAUCAAUAUUGAAUCAUUCAUCUACACUGCAGACCAACAUGUUCUACUUAACAAGUUCUCAAUCUGCAACAAUCCACUUGACCCAAGUAAGCGAUUAAAACUCGAUUUAUGGUUAUCCCAUAUUGGUUCCAUUAAAUUAAACAAUGAAAUUAUAUCUGCAAUUUCAUUUGUUCCUACCACCAAUACCACUCUACCAAACACAUUACCCACCACAUUACCUACCACCUUUAUUAAUAAAUCAUUCGAAAACGAAUGCUCGCAUUUAUUAAAAAACCUAAUUAUCCAAUACCAAUCACAACCUCAGAUUGGAUUUAAACCUAACAUUAUAUGCAAUUACACUGAUAUUGAAGACUUUUUACAUAUAAAUAUAAAAAUUAUAUGUUUACAAGAAACUAAACUAUUUACUCGUGAUGAAAUUAAAAAUUUAAAUAACUUAUUUGAAAAAACUGAUUUUACUAUCUUCUUUUCUUCAAUUGAUCAUAUUUAUAAAAAUGAUAUUUCAACACUAAAUACUAAACCUAGAAAUUCAUUAAAUAAUGAUGAAUUAUCUAUAUUAAAUAAAUUUGAAAAUAAAGAAUUAUCAUAUAAAGCACAAUCAGGUGUUGCUACUAUUAUUCAUAAAAACUUACUAAACAAUUUAAUCCAUAAUGACAUCGUCAAAGAUUCACAAGGUAGAUUACUGUUUCUACCAUUCAAAUUUGAUAAUGGCAAACUGGGCAUAUUAAAUUGCUAUGGUGAAUCAGAAGAAUCAAAAAAAAAUAACUUUUUUAAUAUAAAAUUAAAAAAUUGUUUAAACAAAAUCAACACAAACUUCAAUUUAGAAUCACCAGAAAAUAUUAUAAUACUAUCCGGUGAUUUUAAUUCAUUUUACCAACCUAAUUUUGAUAAACUAUCAAAUCUAAACAAUCACGUUAAUAAUGAUUCAACCGUCCCUUAUAAUAAAUUUCUUGAAGAUAAUAAUCUAAUGGACUUUUAUCAUGAUUUUAACACUAACAAAGACUAUACGUGUAUAACAAUUAGAGAUGAUUACACAACCAAAUCAAGAAUAGAUGCACAUCUAUUAGACAUAAAAAACAGACAUUUAAUAAAUUCUUAUAAAAUUUUAUCACAUUCAAAAAUAUCAAGUGAUCAUAAACCUGUUAAAAUAUCUAUUAACAUUAACUUUAUAAACAAUGAAAAUCUAAAUUCUACAAUCGAAAAUAAUAAUAAAAAUUUUAUUAAAAAACUUUUACCAUAUGAACAACAAGAUUUUAGUGAAUUCAAAAAACAAUUAUCAACUGAUCUAAUCCAACUGGAAACUGAAUCAGAAAAUUUAAAUUCUCUAAUUGAUCUCCAAAAUCUUGUAAAUAAAUUCACUGAAACUAUUUUAAAUUCAGCCAACAAUAAUUUAAAAUGGACUAAACCACCAAAAGAAAAAAAUGACAUAUUCUUAAAAAAUGAUUUAUUUUUUAAAAAAAUCAUUAAUAAACUACAUGAUUGUUACCAAAUUAUUGAUUCACUAAAAUCAAAAAUAACAAAUGACAUUCAAUUAAAAAUUUCUAAAACAAAAAAAAAAUUACUACCAAAAUUUGAUAAACUACAAUCAAUAAUAAAUGAUACCUUAACAGACCAUAACGAUAACUGGUUUGAAUUUAAAUAUUUCUGUACAUUAAGUACAUCUCCUUCUACAAAUGAUAUUCAAUUAAUAGAUAAUAUAUUAAAAUCAUUAAUUGAAAUUAAAAAAUAUAUAUUCAAAACUUAUAUAAAAACAAAAAGGAAUCAAAUUAUGAUUCAAUUAAAAAUUACAAAGAUAAACUUGAAAAAUUAA